GGAAAAAACACCAAGAUGCGCCUCAAUAGCGAGCGUUCAGCUGAAGUAGGUCAUAUCGCCAUAGGCCGUUUUCAACUCGGAGGAUCGGGCACUGGCGUUCCAGCAGAACUGAUACCUGCCAGAGGUGGAUGAGUACGUGGUUGUGGUAGUCUAAUGAGCGAGUGAAAGAAUGGUGGCGAAGAAAUGGAUGGUAUUUCUUACCAUUCUCGUGUGUUCGGUUCUUGGAUGGCAUUAUUAUUCGUGCAGUGGGAGUUGUGUUUUCGGUCUUUCGCAUCAUUUAGACAAACCACCGAAUGUAAAAGAAGUAUUGUUCUUUUUCCGAGUGCCCAAAACUGGUAGCGAGAUGACAGUUUUGCUAUUACAAUGGCUUCAAGGCAUCAAUAGCUUCCACCACAUACGCUUGCAAAAUACCGUGAACCGACGCCUCGAUACGUUUGAACAGGUGAAUUUACGUGAAGAAAUUUUGGGAGUCUUGAGUGCUAGUGAGGGGCUACCUGUAGCUUUCGAUCGCCACGUGUAUUUUACUGAUUUGAAGCGUUUGCUCUACCGAAGGACAUCCGCAGUAAUGAAGGUGAACUAUUUCAGCAGCCUACGUGACCCUGUCGAUCGAAUAGUGUCCCAAUUUUACUACAGACGAGCUACUCCACGACCUAAUAUUAAACUUCCUCCUCACGUAUCGACUCGAAUGCCCACAUCAUAUCGGUUUCAAACAAUGGAAGAAUGUUUAGAAGCGGCCGAACCCGAGUGUUCUUUCGUGACAGGUCAACAUUACGAUUUACAAAUCCCUUACUUUUGUGGCCACGAUGAACACUGCACGCAACUGAAUAAUGCACGGGCGCUGGAACAGGCCAAGACUAACGUGGAACUCCAUUUUCGCGUCGUCGGUGUUCUUGAGCAACUUAACUGCACCCUCCGUGUGGCUGAGCAAAGAAUAGGAACUUUCUUUGGCGGCGUCCAACAGUUGUAUUUCAAAGAACUUCUGGAACCACGGAAAAACAAGAAUCAUGGGCGUCCAAAGCAACUCCGGGAGGACUUACAAAUGGCUCUGCGAAAAAACUUGACAAUGGAAUACAUGUUUUACUCUUUUGUGAAACAGAGGCUUCUUGAGCAAUGCGGCAAAAACCAAACGAAAAACUAAACAAAUGAACGAACAAACGAACGAACGA